CUUUCUGUGCAGUUUGCCUCCGUGAAGGCAUCGGAGCACUUCCGUGGCUGCGUCCCAGUCGCGGACGCUCCGAUGCCUCCAUGGAGGCCUUCAUGGGCCUCGGAAACCUCGGGUUACUUACUUCCGGGUUUCGAUGGUUCGUAAACCGAAAGUUCGUAACCCGAGGUGUUCGUAAACCGAGGUACCACUGUAUGUGAAAGUUUUGAUAGUGAGUUUAGAAACUUGUAUGAGUUGAAAUGCAGAAUUAUGUGGAACUUAUUUUCUACUAUUUAAUUCUUUUAAUAACGUUUAUCACCACAGUUUAAAACCUUCAUUAUUUUGACAGUGAACCUAGAGAACUUUUUAAGAUCAAUGGGAUAGCUCAGGGGUUGGCAAGGUUUUACCUGCCUGGGGUGGUCAAGUCCCGCAGAGAUCUCUUCGUGGGCCGGAUCGCGUGCAAUUUCUGGUGUCUAGGCAUGCGCAGAUGCAAUUUCCGGCACCGUAGAAGCGAGGCGCAGUGCCGGUUUAGCACAGCUCGGGGGCGGCUCGGUUUGGGGGCGGCUUGUGGGCCGGUCAAUCUGCCCCUGUGUACUGCUUGCGGCCCAUGGGCCGCAGGUUGCUGACCUCUGGGAUAGCUGGAAAUGAAGUACAGUGGUACCUCUACUUACGAAUUUAAUGCAUUCCGAACACACAUUUGUAAGUCGAAAAAAAUUGUAAGUCGAAUCCCAUAGGAAUGCAUUGGGAGGAAAGAAUUGUAAGUAGAAGCAACCCUAUCUAAAAAUUCGUAAGUAGAAAAAAUCCUAUCUAAACCACAUCCAAGAUGGCGGACGGAGCUCCAUUCGUAAGUAGAAACAUUCGUAAGUAGAGUUAUUCGUAAGUAGAAAUACCACUGUAUCUUGGGUGCCUAGUGCUGUGGGUUGUAUCCAGUUCAGCACAUGGAGAAAUCUACAGGACUUCCCCUUUCUCUACUCUCCCCAUGCAACCUCAGUCUGCUCUCAAGGGUGCACAGGGGGUAGAGGGUGUGUGUGUGUGUGUGUGUAUGUGUGUGUGUGUGUGUGUGUGUGUAACUCUAUAUAUUGUCCACUGUAAUGGAAAAUUGUGCUAGCAUUUUCCAUUUUCAGUGAAUCUGUUGCUGUGAUCCUUACCUCAACGUAUCUUUGCAUAGUGAAAUACUGAACUGAAUAUUUCUCAGCUCAACGGAAGAAACAGUUCUUUAUUCCUCUUGGGUGCCAGUUGCUCAAUUUGCAACUGGGUGGCGGACCAAAAUAACUGCAUAAGGGAUUCUUUUGUGGUUAGCUCUCUGAAAUUAAGUGGUCUUGACUAAUUGUGAAAAAUCAGAAAUUCCUGAAUAUGAAACGAUUGUAAUUGGAGUUAGAGACACUCCUACUUUUGCUUAUAGCUUUCAGUUGCAACUUAGAAUAUUACAGGACAACUAUCACUAGAUUACAGAUGGGACUUAUUGUCUGUUGACACAUUAUUUUGUUGCUUUUGAAAUUAUUGCAGGGUUCUGUUGUGGAUUCUUGUUCCAGUCUCAUUGCAGUGUUGGAAUUUAUCAUUAUGAAAUGUUUUGAUGGGCCUUUUGAAAUGUUCAUUUUAUGUUUGUUUAUAUUUUGCUGAUUAUGUUUUGAAUGGAAUCGUUAAAGAAUUGGGUAGUGCAUAGGCACAAGGCAGGCAGGCUAGAAAUCUCUAAAUAUAUAAAUGUUGUGCUGGAAUGUUAUAUGUACGCCUUGUACUGUAUGUAUUGUGGUGGUUCUCCACAGGUAGCCAACGCAGUGCCCCCCCCCCCGAUGUUUUAAUAUUACAACUCCCCAUCAGCCCCAGCCAGGACAGCCACUGGUAAGAGAUUAUGGGAGUUGUAGGCCAAAAGUUAUGCAGGGCAUCAUGUUGAUUUUUCCCUCUUGUGCACUGUUACUGUGAGCUGCUCUAAGGCACCAUUUAACAUGGAAAUGGAGAGUACAAGUAAACUGAUGAUGUUAAAAUUAGCAGCUAAGGCUGUAAUCCUACAUAUAAUUACUAGACAGCAAUCAAUCAGUACUGUGAUUGUUAUCCUAGUAGCAUUCCAAAUAAGAAGCCCUGUAGGUGGGGAGGGUUUCUUUGAGGUGUACUUCUUACAGCCAGGCAUAGGUUGUCUGAACAGUCAAUUGGAGUCCUUGCAAAUGCAGAAACCACAAACAGCUGUACUUUCCACCUUAGAAAAUGACUUCCUGAGCUUGAAGGAAGUGCCUGAUGCAAAUGAGAGAAGUGAAAGAGUUGGAGAAGAGUCCCAAUGUAGUAUGCAAAGUGCUGCUGUCCUUCUGGGGAUAGAAUUGGCAGACUUAGUAAACCUAAUGAAGUUCUAAUGAAAUUGUAUUUUAUCGCUGUAAUUGAGAAGAGGCAACGGGGGCAUAUGCACUUUGAUUUCAGAUUAUUCCAAGAGCUCUGCACACUGCUGUAAAAUACUGUCCCCCCCCAAAAAAAAGUAUUAAGCAAGUAGCAUAUACAUCACACCGGACAGGACAAAUUAUACUAGUUUUUUUUGGGGGGGGAGGGAGAAGUGGGAUUCAGGAAGAGAUGAAGUGAAACUCCCUGAUAGCCUGUUUCUGCUUCUGUCUACCUUGCCAUCAGUGUUCAGAAUUCACCAGGCGCGCUUUGCUACUGGCGCAGGUCCAAUUGCAACUCCAAUUGUCAAGAUUUCUGGAUGCCAUGCUAGUGACCACGGUUAAAAAAAUCCAUGGCUUAGUCCAUAGUCAAUACCAUUUCUACUGUGUGUGUUUCUCCUUCUUGCAUACUGAGACAAGUGGAUUGUUGUAAGAGCAAGCUACAAUCAAGCAAUGUAGUUGAGAUCAUAGAAUCAUAGAAUUGUGUUGUUGGAAGCAGUGCUAGUUUUCUAGAAGAAGAGGUGCUGGAACUCACCAUAAGCCCCUCCCUCAUUCUCUUAGGAGCCGGGUGGCGCUGUGGGUUAAACCACAGAGCCUAGGGCUUGCCGAUCAGAAGGUCGGCGGUUCGAAUCCCUGCAACGGGGUGAGCUCCCAUUGCUCGGUCCCAGCUCCUGCCAACCUAGCAGUUCCAAAGCACAUCAUAGUGCAAGUAGAGAAAUAGGGACCGCUCCGGCGGGAAGGUAAAUGCCGUUUCCGUGCGCUGCUCUGGUUUGCCAGAUGCAGCUUUGUCAUGCUGGCCACAUGACCCGGAAGCUGUCUGCGGACAAAUGCCGGCUCCCUCGGCCUAUAGAGCGAGAUGAGCGCCGCAACCCCAGAGUCGGAUACGACUGGACCUGAUGGUCAAGGGCCCCUUUACAUUUACCAUUCUCUUAGAGGUAUUCUCUGAUUCCUGUGUGUUACCCCUGGGAAAAAACUGUGGUUGGAAGGGUUAAGGACCUGAGUGGCAUCUAGUCCGACCCCCUGGCGAAGAGGCAACUGCAACCCGGGUUUAAGAUAAGCUAUACUGUAUAAGCCUAUAUAGCUUACAUAUCUUCCCAUUGCAUGUGGGCAGGCAAACAAAAUAAAAUAUUAUGGGUUAUAGCAGGCUUCCUCAACCUCGGCCCUCCAGAUGUUUUUUGGCCUACAACUACCAUGAUCCCUAGCUAGCAGGACCAGUGGUCAGGGAUGAUGGGAAUUGUAGUCUCAAAACAUCUGGCGGGCCAAGGUUGAGGAAGCCUGGGUUAUAGUAACUUUGGCUAACUUACAAUACCAAGUCAGCCCAAGUUACUAGCCUGUAACAUUUUAUUUUGUGUGCCCUCCCUCAUAUGGGAAGGCAGGGGGAUGUGGAGCUAUAUUUCUUAGACAUUCUUUAUCUAAUCACUGGGAAGAAAUUCAUACUUGCAGCAAGAGACUUGGAGAAUGCCUAUUUACAAGUCUUAUCUGAUGGUCUUAACAUUUUUUACUUUUGUUUUUAGUAAUCUUUCUUUAUAUCUUGUACAAAAAUUAGAAAGAGAAUUGAUCCAAGUGUCCUGAAUUUCUCUAAUAUAAAUAAUGCAGCAACCAUGGAAAACUAAGUUAAUGGAAUAUGAGUGUGUGUAUGUCAGUAGUCAUUAUACAUGUAUAUUAAUUGAGGAAAUUUCAAAUUUACAGCAGAUCUUCACCAAGUAGUAAGAGUGACUCAGUUGGCUUAGGGCCCUCGUAUUUAUGGGGCUGCCUGGUAUGUCCCGCAGAGGACCUUACGGUCCAUGAAUAACCAUAGGUUAGAGGUCCCUGGCCCUAAGGAAGUCAGACUAUCCUCCACCAGGGCCAGGGCCUUUUUAGCCUGGCCUUUAAUUUGAACUCAGCCUGAGCUUUUAUUUCCCUUCUCCCCCCCACUUUUAUGAAGAUUACCCACUCAGGGACCCCAUAGCUAAUUCUUCCCUGGCCUCCUCGCUGGCCCAAGUAGGACUAAUUUUGCCAGCUAGCCCUGGUGACUAUCUAAUGUUUAUUGGAUGGAUUUCCCCCAAAUUGAUUUUUGAACUUAUUGUUGUUCAUGCUUUUAUACUGUAUUUUAUGCUGCUUUUAUGUUGUAUAUUACAAUUAAGUGUUUUAAAUUUGUUGUUAGCUGCCCUGAGCCCGGGUUUCUGAACCGGGAAAGGUGGGGUAUAAAUAUUAUUAUUGUUAUUAUUAUCAUUAUCAUUAUUAUUACUGCAGUUUACCAUCAUUACUAACCCAGUAGCCUCAGUCAACAAUCUUUCAAAUGAAGACCAGAAAAAUCAGUGGGAAAAAUUAAAAAGGCUAAAGGCUAUUAAUGCCAGAUGGCCCAUGUUUUCUUUCCAGUGGGAAAGCCCUUAAUAUUUUCCAGGUUGUUGUUUUUUAAUUCCUUGGGGUUUGGGGCAUUCUGUAUGUAAGGCUUUGAAUCCAAGAGCUCACACAUGGAAUGAUUUCAUUGGGUGCACAUUGCGAAACCAAAAUGGGUAAUUCAUCAAGGCUGCUAGAAAACAAUCCUCUAAACUGGAUCUGCUUAGGAAUCUAUGCUCUGUUUACAAGAUCAACAAGGCCCGCCUUUCCCUAAUCUGGAAUGAACAUCACAGUGCUAAAAGUUUGAAGUGGGUGAAGUUUAAGAGAGCAUAGUUUUCCCGUCUUCAUUUGGGAAGCACAAUAUGACAGACUGAGGUUCUCUACUUCAAAGCAUCCAAGUCUAAACAUUGUUUGGUGGGAUACAGUACUAGUUACUUCUUCCGUGGAAGUGCGCAUGUAAAGAGGUGCGGCCUGAAUGCUUUUAAGUCAAGGUCAACAUCUGGAGUCGGUUAUGGUAUUUACUAGGUAAUAAUAAACCACUAAGCUGGCUGUUUCUGUAAAUGUUCUUCUAGUACAAAAGUUGGUGAUUUUGCAACGUAGUAAAGCUACCUUCUUGUUAACUUGUACUGUUUUAAAUUGUGUGUGUGUGGGGGGUGAUUUAAAGGUAUACUCAGAAUCAUAUCUCUAUCUGUGAUGUUCAUAUUUCACCCUUCAUCCAUUCAGGGAAGUAUACACGUGUUUUUCCUAUUUUUUCUUUUAUCCUCACAGUAAAGCUGUGAGGUAAAUUGGACUGGAAGAGAGAAAGAGACACACACACAGAGAGAGAGAGAGACAUAGAGACCAGUGGCAUAACAUGGGUGGGGCCACGGGGCACUUGUCCUGAGUGCAAAAUUCUUAGGGGCGCAAAAUUACAAAAGAAAAAAAGGAAGUAGUAAUAAAAAAUAAAAAAUAGUGCACCCUCCCUCUCACACAGAAAAUCUCCCAGUGUUUGCGUGGGCAGACUGAGGAGUGGAUUUGGGCAAUGUUCGGUUGCCAGGGUGCCCUGCAUGGGUUUUGCAUGUUCAGACCUUUAACCCCCCCCUUAAAUAAAUUCCGACAAAACUCAAAUUUUGGUUUGGUUUUUGGCAGAAUUUAGGCCACAACUUUAUUGAUUACAGCAAGUGAAUGGUUGCAUAGGCUCUGGUUCGACUAGCUCCCUGCACCAGCAUAGGUCAGCCUAGGGUGAACACCCGGAUAGGCGGAAAGCCGGGAACAGGCUAUGUCCACCACCCAGAUGUCCCCUUGGACUCAGGCAUGGGCACAACCCCCUCACAGGGUUGACCAAACCCUGGAUUCCUUUAACGGAAUACCCUUAACAUAGGGAUGGUGAGAGUGUUCCCCCAUCCCUAGCACCUGAACCAGAGCCUACCCGCAACCUUACAAGUUGUGACGAUUUGCUACACGGCAGGCGAAACCCAAGUGGCAUCAGCCAAGUGGGGAAAAUUCCUGCCAUGUCCCUGUCCCAACGACAGACGACACACGACGGCAUAGAAAGGUCAAGCGCGCAAGCCCUAAAAGUAGGGAGAGGUGGGUGGGUGUUCCGAUGCAAGUGCUUAAAGAGGAAGCUCUGGGUCACGUGCAUGGGCAUAUAUAGGUCCCUUGAUCCAUUUAGCUUGCGUCCCAUUGGCCUGAUUAAACCCUGCAUCAAGGGACCUACCAAUUGGGUGUUGUGGCUAUCCAAUCAUACCCACCCACAACACAGGGUUUCAUUGCCAGGUCUCACCGCAACACGUGCCCGAUUUAGAAACAUACUCGCUCCCGACCAAUCCGCUGUCUCACUCUCCACUGUGCUCAAUGCUCACAGGGCACCACAACUGCCACUCAGGUAGGUUGCCAAGCUAUUGCCCAUUUGUUCCAGCCUAUCAGCUUCAGGGGUUGGCAAACCACACUACGCCAGUGAUAGAGACUGACCUAAGAUCACCCAGUGAGCUUCAUGGCUGAGCAAGGAUUUGAAACUGGGACUCCACCAUCCAGCUCUAGCAUUCCAUCUACACUGACUCGGAAUCUCUGCUUGGAAUUCUUCUUUGGACACGUGACUAAGCUCUUCCUUGCUCCUGUACUACAUGGCACUCAACAUAAGAGUGCAAGACCCUGUUAGUUCAGUCUUAGUCUCUGCCACACAGCGUGGCUCUGUUCCCUCUGAUGAAACUCUUUAGGGUGUCGUCUUGGUACUUUUAGCUACUGCCUCCUCUGCAUUUGGACCAGCGACGUAAAAAUCACUAUGUAUUUAUUUUGCUCUUUUCUUGAAAAUAGGCAGCUAGUGCUGAGAGGCACUUGUGCCUGGAAGGGGGAAGGGGGCUCUCACAAUAGGAUUCUGUCCGUAAGUAUAAACAAUAUCAGAAAGGUAGAACCAUCUUAUUGCUAAUCCACAACACCAUAUAUGAAUGAGGAUUUGUGCAUUUACUAAUUUAGAGUCUGCAGCAGUGGGUAAAACAGCAUCAAUUUUUAGCGACACUGCGGAACAUUUUGCCAAAAUACCCUAGUGUAGACAAGGCCACGCAUAUUUGCAACAUGUACUGUUCACAGAAGACAGAUUGAUGUUAAUUAGGAGUGGGUGGCAUGUGAGUUUAAAAAUAAAAUUCCUUUCUACAGUGUUUUACUCUUAAAAAUAGAGUGCAUGAUGUGGUGAUUAGUAUAUGUGUGUGUGGAGAAGUCUGUGUGCCUUUUAAAUUUUGUGAUGGCAUCAGGAAUUUGCAUUUACUUGUUUAAUAAUAUAAAGUAGUGCAAAAACUCAUUGGCACAUAUUUCAGGUCUCUGCUUCUUUGGAACAUAUUAACUCUCAGAUUGCUUCUGGCCCCAAUUUAUAGUUCUGGCACAUCACUUUAUAGGUAUAAGUUAACCUAAAAACUCUGAACAGCUUGGGAUCAGGUUUCCUGAAAUAUCAUCUCCAUGCCUACUUGAACCUUAAGAUCCUCUUUUGAGGCCCUGCUCCAUGUGCCUUCACCCAGUGGUGCGGAGAGUGGCUACCACUGAGAGUGCUUUUCUGGUGGUGGCACACUGGCUGUGGAAUAACGUCCCUUGACAGGCUCACUUAACGCUUUUCUGUGGUCUUUUCAGCAGUAUAGAAUUAUAGAAUUGGACAGGACCCCAAGGAUCAUCUAUUUCAACCCCCUGCAAUUCAGGAAUCUCAACUAAAGCAUCCAUGACAGAUGAGCAUCCAACCUCUGCUUAAAGUGGAGACCUUUUUUUUAAUUCACCCAGUUUUUAAAACUGUGUUCAAAUUUAUUUUAGACUGUUGUGACCUAGUGUAGGUUCACUCAAGCUGUACACUGCAUAUGUUGUCUUUGUUGCAAGAAAAAUUGAUAUUUUUUGCAAUCUAUCAUUUAUUGAUGAUUGUAUCAAAAAUGGGGAAUCUGUGGCCCUACAGAACUUUCUGGACUACAGAUUCCAUCAUCCCUGACAGAUGUUCUGAUUGGGACUGAUGGAAGCUGUUGUCCACCUGUAUCUGGAGGCCACAGAUUCCAUAUGUCAAUGAUAAUGAUUAUAUGUAUAUAUAGUAUUUAAAGGAUUGUCUUAUUAGCUGCCCAGAGAACAUUUUUUUGUUGGGCAGCUACAUACAUUUACAUAAAUAGCUAUAUAAAUAAUAAAGUAUGGGCCAGAUUCAACUAACCUAUUACACUAUCAGAAGCCAUCACAAGGACUCCCACUAGCUGAAUGAUUAACACAAGGACUCCCUCCCUCUCCAUUUCCUGCACCUAUCCCAAAUCUGCUCUGUAAGGUCAGGAGAACCCCUAGAACAGAAUGUGGGUGGAAGAGGAAGGAGAUGGCUUCCUCUGGCAAGCAGAAAUGCUUGUGCUGACAGAAGAAUCAUAAUAGUGCAAUCUUGAAUUCCACCCUUAGUAUACUUUGGCUAAGAGAGAGAAUUCAUGAGAUUCCAAUAGGUGUCAAGAAAGCUCUUCUGGCUGCAUCCUGUAUACCUAACUUGGAGUAGGUCCAGUUCAGUAGUGGGACUUACUUUUGAGUAGACAUAAAUAGGACUGCGCUGUCAGAGUCUUUGCUUCUAAAAGUUUAGGUCUACUAUUAUAAGAAAUGAGAGAUUGUUUUGCAAAUUCUAGCUAACAGGUAAAAUUAGCUAAUGAGAGAGAUUAACUGUAGCUGAAUUUCAUUUUUACUGUUCCUGAAAAAUAAGAUGCAGUUUAAAUCUGUGAUCCUUAAUCUACUGAGUUAAGGACAAAAAUGAACAAGCUGGUGCUUUUACAGUUGAAACACAUGCUAUUCCUUAUGACAAGGAUCUUCAUGUCCAGUAUUCCUUCUGCUAUUCUUUGGGAGUUAUGGUGGAAACAGAUGUUAUUGAUCCGUAGUAGCUGGUGCAGUAUGGCACAAUGGAUUGGCUCUGCUGGUUUGUCUCUUUGCCAUCACCCAGCCCCACCCAGAUAAACUUCAGUGAUAGCAGAGCAGUUCAACCCCACCACACAAGCUGCUACUGUAAUUGAUUAUUUUGGCAAAUUAAUGCAAUUGCUUUAUCAACAUACAGUAAUUAAUGUUUUUAAUGGCUAAUGUUCAAAAUCAGACCUGAUUAAUGUAUCUGUUAGUAACUGGUGCAUAUUAUUUAAAAUGUAAUUUUAAAAUUAUUUUUAUAUAUAAAGCCUUUAUUUAGAAAAUUUCUGGACGGCUUAACAUUCAAAAAAAUCUAAGCUGCGUACAACAUACCAAAAAAAUAAAUAAACAUGGUACAAAAUUGUAAAACAUCAUAAAAAACAUAACUAAUAAAAAACAAUGACAGAAGUGCAAAGUUAUGGAGCUAAAAAAAACAACCUUAGGUAUUGGGAAAGGCUUAGGCAAAAAAAAACAUUUUCAGGAGGCAUAACUGAUGGCAACUUGCUAAUUGAGUGGUAGAGGGAUCCAGACAACAAGGGCAAUCAGAGAAAAUGCUUGCUUGCCUUACAGCAACCUGUAGGGUUCAGUACCACCAGAAGUGUUUCUCCUAUGGCCCAAGUAGUUGAGCAGCCUUCCAAGUAAGGUGGUGCCGAGACAAAACUUCGAACCUGGUGGCUGAACAGCAGCCAAGGCAGUUCCUCAGCACAGACGUAAUACUGCAUGUGCUCAUCCAGGUUUUACACUCAAUGAACUGGCUGCAGUGUUCUGCACCUGGCUGCAGCUUUUGAAUAUUCAGAAUGCUUUGCAUACAUUAUCUUGUUGCAAUUCUACAACUGACAUAAACAAUUAUUGCCCCAAGGGGCUGAGAUUUAGAGGGAGAGUAGCUGCCAUUCACGCAUCUUGGUAAGCCAUAAACCAUGGUUUAGUGUGCACAUGCCAAUGUGCACUACUUUCUGCUAGUUCUGAGGAGAAACCAACCAUGAUCCCAGGCAUAGCAUUUUGUCCAUUUCAUCCAGAACAGGAAUCAUAGUUUGUUUCAGUCCAGAUCCUUUAAAAAGACUAAUAUACUUCACCGUAUUAUCUGCAGAUGCAAUGCACCAGCAACAAACAACAAAGACUGGGGGAGGGGAUUAUCUUUCCUAGAGCAAUCCAGAAAUACUGUAUAUUUUUAUUUUAGAAUUAUGGGAGAUGACUUGGGCUGGCAACAAGAUAUGUCUAGAAUUUUUGAAAUGGCUUGUUUGUAGUGUUUACAGUAAUUUAAUCAAAAGUCUAUUCAUCGAAGAUGCAAUUGAACUUUCCUUUGUUUUUAUUUGGAGUUAUCAAUUGCAAAGGAAAACCUUUCCUCUUGUCCUGUGUUGGAAAAACUAUGCCCUUGAAUUAUUUACUUGUUUACAAUAAGCAAAACCUGUUGAAGAAGAGCUAGUAAAGUUUCAAUAUGAAACUGGGUAAAAAAGUGCAAUUAUACAGACUACUGCAUAGAGGCAAUAUCUGCAUUCAGACAUAAUGCUAAGUUUUAACCACAGUUAAUAAGGCAGGUUCACAGAGGCCAUAGCAAACUGUUGGUCAUUUUGCCUGAUGUUAGUGUGUCGUCUCCCUAACACAUCUGUAAAUGCCUAGCGAAAACCUCCUCCUAACUCCACCCUGCGGCUACACUAAGGGGAAGUGUGUUGGGCUCACACAGGCUUGUUCUUGUAACUAAACCAGGGUUUGUGUCUGAAUGAUGUUAGUGGCUGGAAAAGGAAAAAAAAUAUGGGUGGAGGCUGCUAUUUCCUAGGAGGCAGCAUGGAGCAAUAUAGUUCUGUCUUGCUUUCCAAUCAUAGGUUGUUACUGCUACUGUACCAUUGCAACUAAAACAGAUCCAUAGGUUCACGGUGUAAAUAGCUAAAUCAUGCUAAAAUGCUGAUUUGAUGUGGGGGCAGGACAAAAGAAACAGAGGAUGUGUCUUUCUAAAUCAUAGAAUCGUAGAACUGUAGAGUUGGAAGCAACCCCGAAGGUCAUCUAGUAAACUCCAUGCAUUGCAGGAAUCUCAACACGUGAACUCCCAUCCAAUUUGAAACCAUACCGGACUGUGCUUAGCUUUGCAAAGGUGCUAGCAAUUUUAAAUGUGAUUUUCAUUUUUAUAUUGGUCGUUGUACCACUUACCUUGCAAAAUGCAAACAGACUGUGAGUCGAGCAACAGAGGAGACACAUUUGCAAGGCUAAUUUAUAAGCUGUCAGAGUAUAGGAAAGACAUUGUUAAAGCACACAUUUUGCUUGGCCUGUAAAUCAUCCUGCUUCAUCUCAUUUGUCCUGUUUUAUUCUAAAGUGUACUUAAAAAGAGACUCUCUCUAGUCUAGUGUAUUCCUUUCCCAUUCUUUCUCAUGACAGUAUUUCCUUACCCAGAAUUGUCAACACACUGUAGUCAAUUUAUUGACACUUGCGUUUUGUGACCAAUGUUCUUAAUGAAAAUUCUAACAUUCUUGUGAAGCUGUUCUAGUUUUCUUCAGUACAGCUUGUUGCCUUCCCUAAGCGCUUAGGAGCAUCUGUCAUGGUCCGUCCUUAUUCACGACAUCUGAUUCCUUCUCAUAAUGAAGCUGAGUUCUGCUUAGGAGUUGGCACAAAUAGCUUAGUUUCAGGCUUGUAUUGAGGGUACAGGAUUUAGUUAAGUUAUCCAGGCUUAAUUACUUUGAAUCAAGAUUUGAACACACUGGCCCUGGCUUUAAAUUAAAACCGCAAUUUCCUUCUCAUAAAAUCGGCUGCUGUCACAAACACUUAAUUUAUUUUAUUUUUAAUCGGGUGAAAUUUUACAUCUGAUCCUUCUCGUCAGUUUGUCAACAUUUGGUAACUAUGCAUCUAUAACUAUUUCAUUUUCAACGAAGAGGCUUGUGGUGCCACAUUUCUGAUGACAUGUACUACAGCCUCUACUUCAUCGUAUGAAUGAAGCGUUAUCUUGAGUUGCAGGUAUACAUACAUGGUUGGGCGGGAGGAUUGUAAAAAGUGAAGUCAGAGAAAAAUGAAAGUGAAGUUGGAGGGGGAAGUGAAAUGCAUAGAACUACAGGCAGUGAUAGUUACAUUCUUAACAGUGGUAAUUCAUGAAACAGUUUUUGAUACACGCAUAAGCAGAGCCUUGCUGGAUCAACCUGAAAUCUCAUUUGGCCAACAUCCUCUUCCCACAGUGGCCAAUCAGAUGCCUUUGUGAAGCCUAGUAAAGCAUGUAGUCAUCCUUCCUAGAAGCCAUUGAUAACCUUAUCGUCCAUGAAAUACAAAUAUCCAUGUUGUCACUGACAUCCUGGCAUCCUUGCCUAGUGUAGCCCCAAAGUCCAUUCCCCUCAGGCAUUCCUUUUUCCUCACAGGGCACCCAAAUGAGCCUAUAUAUUGGGUCUCUUCAGCUUACCCUUGUCCUGUAUUGCUCACCUUCAGUAUCCUUACAGACUUUUUGCCAGUCUUCCACUAACGAGUUUCUCCACUUCAGAAUCCUAGCAGCCAAAAACAAGCAUGUUUAUCUUUCUGUGUCAUAAAGUGAGCUGCAAUAGCUUAACGUAUUAAAAUCUGGCACCAAAUUUACUGGUUUGGUCAUAAUAGUUGGAAUAUGAUGUUUCUUGCAUAACUAUGAUCAGUACAGGUGCCUUUAACUCUGAUGGAAAUAGCCAGAAGCUAAGGUUUUCAAGGCCAAAUUUACGCAGUCUGCUCCAUUGAUGUACAUGCAGGAGUAUAGCACAUAGAUCAAAUUAACACAGCUGUUAAAAAUCUGACUACAUAGCAGGCCCUCCCACUAUGGGGCAUACACUAAGUAAACCUUAGUUGACUUCAACUCACUUUUCCUUAUUACUUGGCAUGCUUUGUGUCUGAAAGUGGCUCUGAUGCUCAGCUAUAAUAAAUUUGGUCUGAUACUAUACCAUGAGUCAUAGUUCCAACAAAUCUCCUUUAUCUUUACAGGCAGGGAAUUCUCAAGAAUUGUUGCUGAUAUGUCACUGGUUUAGGUGACAUAGUGAAGCCAUAGUUAUUUGAGUGCUUUGGGUACAUGGCCCAAUUUUUAAAUUCUAAACACAUUGAAGCAAGGACCAAUUCAAACUGACUAGUGACAGUGUGUAAAGCUAUGAUCCCAAGCCCUCACUGACAUAAGAGACACCCAAACCUGUUCAGGAUGGGCUUAUAACAUAAUUGAUGUGGACAGAUAAAACAGUCCUUCUGUUCUGACUUUGGUAUGCAUUUUACUCACUUUUUUCCAAUCAUGAAUAACCCAUGAAAUACCCUGAACAGGUAUUGGUUAUAUGAAAAGUAUGAUUCUAUGAAAUCUAUUUAUAUAUUCAUUUUUAAAGCCAUUCCCCCCCCCCCUUUGCAACAUGAGCUUUGCUGCCUCGCAGAUACUUAAUUUAUCUCACUUGUCUCAGAAAUACUUGGCACCCUCAAAAAUGUAAAAGCUAAUUCUUGGCCUGAAUACUUCAUUAGCAACAUGAAAAUCACCUUUUUUGUUCAAAGCCUAAGAUAAAGUGCUUUCUGAAUGAAUCCUGCUUCUCAUUAAUUUGAGCCUUAGGAAGCAGAAUAAAGACGUGCAAAUAAGAGCUCUUUCAAAUAACUCAUAAUUACAUGUGCACAAAAACGCAUUGACUAACUUUGAACAUGCUUUAUAGCUCACAUGGGGUGCUCCUUAUUCAAGAAUAGAACUGGAGAUAAGUUCACCUUUAGUGACAGUUGAAAUAUUCUGGGACUGGUUCUUCUGAAAUAGUUGCAAAUCAGCAACACUAAGGAUUUUGAAAGAAGAGAGAAAUAUAUGGACAGUUUUGUAGAAAGCUCCUAGAUAGUUCAGUGUGGGUGAUGGUUAGCAUUCAUUCCUGCGAUGGUCAACUUACAAGCAUAUCAUAGGAUAGAGUUAAAGCUGUCUUUCAUAUUCCAGUUGCACAUAAGUGAUGGAGUUUGUACACAUAUCAUUUUUAUGAACAUGGUGAAUGCUGAAUGAUAGUUUGUGGACUGAAUCUACUCUGUUCUGAAAGGGAUGCUUCAGUAAGCUCUUACCUCUUCGAUAAGAGUAAAGCUGUAAAUCUGGGGAUUCUAACAAGACCUCAGGUACUACAAAGAAUUGUCUGGAGCAGGAGUCCCCAAACUAAGGCCCAGGGGCCGGAUGCGGCCCAAUCGUCUUCUAAAUCCGGCCCCUGGAUGGUCCAGGAAUCUGCACGUUUUUACAUGAGUAGAAUGUAAAUAUUAAAAUAUAUUAAAAUAUAUUAAAAUUGAUUAUAAAAUAAACUUUCAAUCGUCAAAAUGUUAGUUACAAUAAAAUAAACCAUAAUCAGAUGUGAGAAACAUUUCCAAUGCAUUUGGAUAGUAAGAGUGAUAUAACCAGCAAGCUAGUACAUGGCGGUGUUAAUAAAUAAAGUGCAUAGCACUUCUUUCACAGAGGUUAAAAAUUAAAGUGCACUCAGUUCCUAGCAGCUCGAUCAUAUACUGUAGUUACAAAAUCAUCUCCCUGCAAGGGCAAGGAGCUACUCCUUUUGUCAACAAUAAAUAGAUGGUUUGAAUCACCACCUUCAAUCUGGCCUCUCACUCCAGACUCCCAUUAACACCAUUGAAUAACCACAGAAACUCGGUGUAUAUAUGAAGCUAACCCACCUCACACAAAGAAGUCCCACCCAACAGCUUUCCCUUUUCUGGCUCUUACCAAAGUUGUUUGUAUUCUGUGAUUUUGGUUAUUGGAAUCAGAAUUAUGAUUAUAAGUUUUCUGGAGUCAGGGUGUGAGAAAUAGAUUUCACUAGCAGCUGACCCUGCACUAUUUGCUCUGAAAUGCAUUGGGAAUAGGUAUAGAUGCUGCAUCAUCUUCGUUGCAUUGCUUUGAAGUGGAGCCAUAUUUGUGUGGCGAUAUCCCAAUGCCUCCCCGAGAAAUAAAACACUAGACACAUUGCAUAAGGUUAAUGGGCAUAGAAGGCCACAACUUUAUUGAUUACGGAUGUAGAGGGGUAUUGGCCUAGGCAUUGGAUCUAACCGACUAUAUCCGACUCCAGCCCGCUCUGCUGGCAGUCUGUGAAAGGUUAACCACCGUUGGAUGAGUCCUGUGAUGCACAUCAACUAGGAGCUCAUCCUGGGGCCACCGCUAGGGGCGUGCCCUCUGGCCCUCACCUACCACGGCUUCGGACUUGGCAACGCCCCCGGACUCCUUAAGGGAGUAUCUUUCCACAUUUUGGGGGAGGUGAUGGCAGCAACCUCCCCCCACACCUGUACCUUUAUGAGAUAAUCCAAUGCCUACCACCAAAACGCAAGUUGUGACGAGUAGCUACAAGGUAGGCGAAAACCACAAGGCCUGAGCCAAUUUGCCAAGUGGGAAAAAUUCCUACCAGGCCUGCCUGGCUUUGAUAAACCUGAAGGUGUGAGCAAGCAAGUAGAUCGUCAAAAAGCAUAAUAGCCAUCUCUAGUCAUUAUUGAGGACAGAUCUUAUAUGCAACUAGAACAUGUGAUACAGACCUUCUAGGACUUUACCACUUUAGAUUGCAGGUAGGGCAAUCAUAUAUCUGAAUGUUCUUUGUAAAAGGUUUUCCUCCUAUGAAAAACUAACAAUGUCAAGUCAAACCAUUUCAACUUUACCUUCUUCCUGUCUUGUUAGCCUUUCAUGUGCCUGUGGUAUAUUACCACAGGGAAAUGGUGAAAGAAGCGAUUCUCCACUUGAAGAUGUGCAGCAAUCGGGAGAGACUGCAGUGUGUGUGCAAUUUCUGCACCUUUAUAAUGGGCCUGAGUAGCUGAAGGGAGAAAAGUAAGAUACACCACUAAGGUGUGAUGAACAGGUUAUUGUGGAGGUGGGUUGAAGAAAGCUGUGGUUGGGGUUAAGAAGCUGCAAGCUUCAUUGUGGAGUGGGAGGAGAAUCUGACACCAUAGGGAAAUGUUUAAAGAAUCAAAAGCUUGAUCUUUUAGACCCUAUCAUCUGUGAGAAUGUUGGCUGGGUAAUGCUAAACUGGCUUCAAACAUUUUGUCAAAGGAGAACUUGAUUCCUAAGGCCACAGCCCUCAAGAAUCUUACUUUAAAUUAUCUGUUAAGUGGUUUGAAGAAAACUACCUAAGAGACUGAGUAAGCAUGGGAUUACUCACAGAAGCACACUGAUAAAUCCUACUAAUCACUGACCAUUCAUUACAGUCAUGGCAGGUUUGUUUGCAUACCAGCCCAGCAGGUAGACCCAGCAGUGUUAUGUUAUAUUGCAGUAUAAAUGUUAAUGCAGUAAGGCAAGGGAACAAUUUUCAUGUUCCACAAUUCUUUAAAAAAGUUAUAAUACUGACUAGAGCUCCUGAGACAGGAACUACAGAUGGAAUGCUGCAGAAUUCUCGCACCCAUCUAAAUAAAUCUGGUGUAAGGUUGAGUCCUGUUAAUAUUCUUAAAUAACUCUCAUUAUCCCUGGGAUCAUUAAGCAUGCCCAUAAGCAAUUCUUCCUGAGCGAACUGCAUUCUGUUUUAUAUUUAUGCCUGUUUAUUCACAAAUGGCAAAAUAAUUUUUACCUUGUUGUAAAAUACCUCUUUUUGAAAAAGAAAUGGAUUAUUUGUGAGCCACAUAUGUUGCUUUUUGUAAAUGCAGUGCUUACGUUUUUAAUGCACUCUUAUAAUAUGAAUAUGUGAAUAGUAAGCACAGACCACUAUUAUUGAUCAGUGAUGUAAUUGUCCUACAGAUGGAUAGAGGGGAAUGAUGUAAUCUUUAUCAAGUUACUGAAGACCUUGACCUUGAGAGAGAUCAGAUGACUGAACAUCAUGCCCAAUCGCUAGAAACAAAACAAGCAUCUUAAAAGCUAAAGUGCCCUUAUACUGAUAACAGUUAAUAGAAGAAUGAAUUUCAGGCAAUUCAAUCAGCAUUCAAAAUACACGUUUCAUACUGAGUAAGAUAGCAUUUGGAUUGUUGGGAAGAACCAGUAUUUUAUCUUCUUUAGUUUAUUUUUUUUAAUGUUCUACAUCACAUGCACAAAAUCCCAUAACUUCAGAACUCAUUACCAUUGCUAGUUUUCAUAUUUAAUCACAGAUUGGAAUAUCUGUUUCACCAUGGGCAGUGAUGAUCUGCCCUUAGAUGUACCCUUCAAGGCAACAAUCCUAAAUUGCUUUAGGGUAAAGUUACCAGACUUGCAACAUGUGUACAUACACUAAACUGAUUUUGAGCUUUGAGAUGCUGAAAAACUACCUUGUGCACACAAACACACCAAAAGAAUUUGGUCCUUUUUUGUGUUAAAAAUCUUCCCGCUGGAGCAGCAGUAUAGUUAAAGUAUGAUAAGAGAGGUAAGGAUUUCGUUUUAAGGCAGGCAGUAUCUAUCACCAAAAGGAGACAUAUCAAUACUGUGAAAGAAAUAACACAGUUAUAUUGUCUUUCCAACAUGCACUGGUAAAGGAGUGAAUCAUGAAAAUCGUAAUUCUACCUAGUAGGCUUAUAAUAAGGGUGCCACUGAUAGUGUACCACCUGUAACAGAGGCAUAGGGAGUGAGGGGGUACCACACUGUGGGGGGCAGCAAUUACUGCAGGGCUUGCAGCAUGCCUGACCCAUGCAUCUCUCCCGGGAGUGAUGGGGUGGCUUGGGCGCCUGCAUGCUCUGCGCUGCCCAAAACGUUUCUUCCUGCCACCUCUUUCACAGGCUGCUGCCCUACAGCUGAGGGGGAGGCGGUGGGCGGACUGCCUGCAGGCUCUGUGUUGCCCAAAACGGCAAUGUGGUGCUUGCGUCUGCCCGCCUCUUCUCCCUUAGCCGCCCUACAACUGAGGGGAAGGUGAUGGUGACGGCGACCCUCCAUGCAGCGCACCCCUGCCCUGCGGGGCUCACCCCACCCCCCACCCCGGGUGCCCAAGCAGCUAGUUACACCGCUGACCAGUAAUGCUCUGAAGCAUUAAUUAUGGAAAGUAGGAACCCAGUUCCAGCACCUCUCAGAUGGGCACCACUACUAUUCUAAGAGAACGAGGAAGGGGCUUAUGGUGAGUUCCGGUUCCUCUUUCUCUAGAAAAAAUAGCACUGGGUUGGUUGUGUAACUGGUGCUGUAGCCUCGCUUCUUGAGUAGCAUACAGUGGUGCCUCGCUAGAUGAAUUUAAUUCGUUCCACGGGUCUUUUCUUAUAACGAAAAAUUCGUCUAGCGAAUCCCAUAGGAAUGCAUUGAUUUUUUUUGGAUUUUUUUUGCCCAUAGGAACGCAUUAAUUGAAUUUCAAUGUAUUCCUAUGGGAAACCAUGAUUCGCUAGACGCAUUUUUCAUAAAACGAAUUCGUCUAGCGAGGCAACCUCCGCUCGUUAAGCGGAAAUUUUGUUAAGCAGGGCAUUCAUUAAGCGAGACACCACUGUAGAAUUCUCCUAUAUGUAACAGUUACAGCUAACCACUGUAAUUAUUGGCAAUGUAUGUGGUACAGCAGGUAUUAGCAAUACUAAUGGAAAACCAGCAGUGUUACAGCUGUUCUUUCAAAUAAAAAGCAUCCAAUUAAACACAUCACUGCAGAUACUUUGCUUUUUGGUCGUGUGUCAUUAGUAUAACUGUUCCAGAGAUCAGGAAACAAAAAACCAGGGAUGAAGCUUAAUGAUAUAACUUCCGCGAUAACUUGUGCUUUUAAUGAUUAAUCUGAUAGCAAGAUGGUUUUUGUUUUUGUUUUUAAUUUGGAUUUUAUUUGGCAUUUUGUUUGCUAUUUCAUCUAGUGGUGUACUGUUGACUUUUUGAAAUGUAGCUAUAACUCAAUAUUAAAUUGUGAACCACUUGAAAAUUCAUACAUGCUUUAAAGCAGGAUAUACAUUACCCAAAUAAGUAUUUUUUUAAAAAUACAUACAUUUGUACCUUGGUUCUUGAAUGCCUUGGUACUCAGACGUUUUGGCCCCUGAACGCCGAAAACCUGGAAGUAAGUGUUCCAGUUUUCGAACAUUUUUCGGAAGCCAAGCGUCCGAUGCAGCUUCUGAUUGAGUGCAGGAAGCUCCUGCAGCCAAUUGGAAGCCACGCCUUGGUUUUUGAACAGUUUCAGGAGUCAAACCGACUCCCAGAACAGAUUAAGUUUGAGAACCAAGGUGAAGCCAUAGGGGUUCCAUAAGUAAAUACAUUCCAAGACGGAAUUUUGUUUUGUAAUGGAAAACCUUAAAAAAGGAUCCUGGAGAAUAUUCACUAUCCUCCUCCUGCAGGUCACAAGAUCAGAUGUUAUACAGAUAUAUUUGAAAAUAAAGUAGAGCAUUCAAAAGAAGAUAUUCAGGCAGACAUGGUGAGUAAAUAGAUGCAUGGAAUGUCUCUAGGCCUCUCAAUAGAGGUUACAAAUCAUCCAGCUUUGAUGAACAACGGUCAGAAGGUCUAGGACAACUUUUAAAGAGUUUUAACCUAGCAAAAUAGACAAUCCCUUCUAGAUGAGUCCUCUGCACGCAAAAUGUGGUAGAUAUGAGCUGUGUGUGGAGUCUCUGUGUGUUUGUGUGUGUCUGUGAGUCCAUAGGGAUGGUGCUAAUUAUCUGUUUGUUAAGAAGUGUGUUAGAGUGUGGGAUUGCAAGUGCACCCUUCCCUCGGACAUUAGGAACAGACAAAUUCUGUUAAGCAGUGACCAUCUGCUUGGUAGGAAAGAAGAGUCUUGCACCCUGCAGCUUCUGGCUCAAGACCCAUUGGUAACUAAAGAGAUAUUGUGAGUUCUUGAAUCUCUAAUACAAAUUGGCUCCUGGCCUAGCCAAUCUUAUGCUUGCCUCCUGGGCUUCUGUUUGUACAGUGCAGCUUCCAUUCAGUCUUGUCACCUCAUAAAUAUGUUUAAAUGCCUCUAAAAAGAAAUUUGGAAGCUCUGAUCGUUUGAACAGGAAUUUGAAAAUUUUGUCUUCUAUUUUGAAUGGAAAUGCAUUUUGUACAUAAAUAUAAAGGGAGUGGGCAGAAUAAUAUCAAAGGUUUUUAUCCCCUCAGAAUGGUUUUGGAAUGGCUUCUGAGAAAUUGAAGUGAUUAAUGGGGUUUGUAUUAAUAUUUUCACAAAAAGGUUCCUUCAUUAAGUUUGGAAUAAGCUCAACUUCUGCUAGGAGGAAAAUGUAGCACAUAUAUAUUUGUAUGCAACACAGAUUUUUUUUUUGGUUAAAGUUCUUUCUCUCUCUGCUAUUUCUAAAGGAAAAAAGUCAUUUUAACAACGUUCCUCCAUGUCAUGUUCUGAACAGGUUGACGUGCAGAUUUGAAAAAAGUGUCACAACCUAUCAGUUCAUUUCUUUGAGAUCCAUUAGCAGUCAUGUUCUUUUAUGUGAAGAUGGGUAGUGCCAUUGAGUUGAAACAAACAUAAAAAACACCAUAGUUACAGUAUUUUAGAAAAGGCUGCCAUGCUGGAAUGAAUCUCAACAUCUACCAUGUUUCUGCCAUGCCGCUUUGCAUGGUCAUUUUUGCCACUGGUUGAUGUCCAUGGGAUUCUGCUUGGGGACAUGUGCCCCUGUGGUUGUGCGAAAUUGCCAGGUGAACCAACAGUGCAUGUUUGCCUUGCAGUGAUUCCUAUGACUACUCCAAUAGUUUUGGUGGCCAUGGAACUCACUGUAAAGUACUUCAUGAAAUACUGUACUUCUGGUUCACAUGUGAUCAUGCACCCUGGGAGUGGGGAAAUGUUGUAAGUGUCUAUGUGAGUCAGUUUUAGAACCAGAAGGGGUUGGACACUAAUGGUUUAUCUAGAGCAGGGUUCCCCAAAGUUAAGUAUCCAGCUGUUUUGGACUACAACUGUAGCUAACAGGACCAGUGGUUAGGGAUGGUGGGAAUUGUAGUCCAAAAACAGUGGUGUAGUAGAGUGCCUUCUUUCAGCUUCAAGCAGGUAGUCCAGCUGCAAUUCUUCCUGGAAAGGGAUAGUGUUGAUUCAGAGGCCUAUGGACUGGUAAUUUCCCAAUUAAAUUAUUGUAAUAUGUUGCAUGCUGGCUCUGACCUUGAAGACAACUUGGAAGCUUCAAUUAGUGCAAAGUGCGGCUGCUAGAAUGUUAAUUGAUUCAACUGGGUGGAAUUGUAUUACAUCAAUUCUGAAAGUGUUACAUUGGCUGCUUGUUCACUUCUGAGCUCUAUUCAAAGUGCUGUUACUUACCUUUAAAGCCCUAAAUAGUUUGGGGCCCUAACAAUGAUGGAAUGCAUCUACCUAUAUUAGUUUGCUCAUGCCUUAAAGUCUUUGAAGGGGAUUCUUCUCUGUGUCUCCUCAUUAGGGAUGUGCAUUAUGAUGAGUUGCAGCAGAGGGCCUUUCUUGUGGUGACACACACCUCACCUGAAGGGUGUCUUCUCCUUAGCUUUUUUGACCCACAUUGAUGCUGCUGUUUGUUUUUCGCUGUGUGUUUUUCUUCUGAUGUAUAUACAAGUUUAACCCAUUCAUAGCUGAUUGCCAAAAAUGGCCUUAACUCAGGAGUUCAAUCACCAGACUUUCCCCCCUCCCAAUUUUAUAUUUUUCUCAGGGGCAUAAACUGUUCUGAUCAGGUAAAGGUAAAGGGACCCCUGACCAUUAGGUCCAGUCGCGGAUGACUCUGGGGUUGCGGCACUCAUCUUGCUUUACUGGCUGAGGGAGCCGGCGUACAGCUUCCGGGUUAUGUGGCCAGCAUGACUAAGCCGCUUCUGGCGAACCAGAGCAGUGCACGGAAACGCCGUUUACCUUCCCGCCGGAGCGGUACCUAUUUAUCUACUUGCACUUGACGUGCUUUCGAACUGCUAGGUGGGCAGGAGCUGGGAUCGAGCAAUGGGAGCUCACCCCAUCGCAGGGAUUCGAACCACUGACCUUCUGAUCGGCAAGCCCUUGGCUCUGUGGUGUAACCCACAGCGCCAGCAAUGCUAAAGCCUCAUAAAUACAGUUUCUGUUGUCUACAUCAAUUCAUAGUUCUCAAUAUGGAACCUCUUGCAAUAAACUAUUGGUGGUAGAACAUCUGAUUUGCAUGCAGAAAGUAUCAGCUUCAUCUCCAUGUAUAGUUGGGAUCAUUUCCUCUUUGUAAUCCAGGAGAGCCACUGCCAGUCAACAUGGAUAAUACGGACCAAUGGUCUGACUUGGGGGAAGGGUGCUUCUUAAAUCUCUACUAAUCCUAAGAGCAUGUAUAAAGAUAAUAACCUUGCUUGCUACAACUACUUUUUGUAAGCCACCUUGAGAACUUGUUGAAGGGUGGGGCAGAAGUAUAUUGCAUAUAAUAAACACGUCAGGCUGGCAUCGUGCAACAGUUUGCUUGGCUACCAGCAGGUGGUGUUGCAACCUACAUCCUUACAACAGACUGGGCUCUCAGCAGCGUUAGAGGGCGAGAAGGGGAGAACUGAAGGCAGAGGUGAGCAGGCGGGUGGCCCAGGCAAGCUGCAGAGGUUUGGUGAGGUCUAAUGGGAAAGGGAAGUAGGUGGUGUUGGUGGUAGGUGGGUUAGGCAAGCAAAGUGAGCAUGGGCACAGCCCUUAAUCCAUAAUAAAUAUUUAGCAUUGUGUAUUAUUAGCACUUUACUAAACUGCAUGGGUCAAAUAAGUCUGGCCUUGCUUCUAGGCUCAUGACAACAGGCCAACCAUCUGAUCUUAAUAUGGGCUUUGUAUGCAUAAAGCAAUCAACACUUUCUCAUAAUCUUCUUAAGCAGGGCAUGACUGGUUCUUUUAAGCAUACCCUCUCUAUUUUCUGAAUAAUCUGUAUAAACAAUUCCUGUUUGUUCUGCAUUAAAAGUUCUGUCAGUGUAGUAUUAAUUGGUAUAAUUUAUGCUGUCUUUUAUGUUCUUGUCAAAAUAACUUAAAGCAGUGUUGAAGUUUGUGCAAAUUGUCUUCCACCAUUAUUUAUUAACCUUUAUUGCUGCUUAACUUUGAAGUUGUGAACAUAAGAACAUUAGUCUGAAGAGCUGCUCUUAAAGUUCAUCUAGUCCAGAGUUCUAGCAGCAGCCAACCAGGAGUCUCUGGACGCUGACAAGCAGGGCAUGAAUCCAGAAGCUGCUUUCUCCUGUUUGUCUCCAACAUGGUAUUUGGAGAGAGCACCACUGAGGGCCUGUGAGCAAUCCAGCAAUGUCUGCAAAUUCUUCAAGGUGAAGGAUAAUCUGGGACUCCCAAGUGACGACAGUGAAUGUUAGCAGCUUGUUGGCUGAGUGUGCUCACAGGGAGAUGAUUCCUCAUGAAGUCUCUGGAUCCCCUUCAGAAAUCAAAUGUGACUUUCCACUUAGCAGACUGAAAUCAGAGCCAGCCAGGCAGUGAAGCCACAGAAGCGGAGGGCAGGGGCCGGUGAAAAAUGAAAUCCAACCAGGAGAGGAGCAACGAAAGCCUGCCGCCCAAGAAGCGAGAGAUCCCUGCCACCAGCCUGCCUUCCGACGUGAAGCCGUUAGUUCUGGCCAGUGAAAACCACCGAGCAGACAACUUAACAUGGCUCUCCAGCACAGUCAGCAGCCAGAGCAGCAUGGGUGGGAGGGGCAGACCUGGGGGGACCUCGGCGGAAGCUGGUUCACAACAUGGAAUAGGUUUACACAAAUCACUGUCUGCAGGAGUAGAUUAUUCCCCACCUAGCGCUCCUAGGUCUGUUCCAGCCACCACCACCACAGUUUACCCGCCUGCACUUUCUCAGGCAGGGACACCUGUCUCCCCAGUGCAGUACGCACACCUGCAGCACACUUUCCAGUUUGUAGGGCCCCCCUAUAGCGGACCAUACGCCGGAUUCAUCCCCUCCCCACUGAUUUCCCCGACAGCCAAUUCUGCAACCAGCACGGCGGCCUCUGCCACUGCUGUUGCCACCACUCCAUCCCAGCGUUCUCAGCUGGAGGCUUAUUCCACUUUGCUGGCCAGCAUGAGCAACCUAAACCAGCAAGGGCACAAAGUUGAGCCGCAUCUCGUUCGGGCGCCCGGUUUGAUCACAGCAGGAUCCCCUCCACCGACCCAGCAAAACCAGUACGUCCACAUUUCCAGCUCUCCACAAGGCUCAGUUAGGAACGUCUCUCCUCCAGCCAUCCCAGUCCAUUUGCAUCCACACCAGGCGGUGAUUCCUCAUGCGUUUGCCCUCGGCCCCUCCUCCCAGGUGGUGGUGCAAUAUGCAGAUUCUGGCGGCCAUUUUGUCACUCGGGAGUCCUCCAAGAAGUCCGAGAGCAACAGGCUGCAGGCUAUGCAAGCGAAAGAAAUACUGAACGGGGAAAUAGAGAAGAGCAGGCGUUAUGGCAUGUCGCCAUCCUCAGAAGUGAGUCUCGUCAAAUCAGGCAAUAAACCAUCUCCUCAUCAUUAUGAGGCCAGGCACGUGGUGGUCCAUUCGGGUCCUGCUGAUUAUAUUGCACGCGAUUCCGCCAGUGUCCGGUCCUCUGUUAUGGUUGUUCGCAAUAGCAGCACACCUACUGCAGACAUGGAGGUCCAACAAGCCACCAGUAGAGAAACACCUCCCUUGGCCCUCAACGAAAAGGGAAGCUUGCACUUAGGAAAAACAGCCCACCGAUCCUAUGCUUUAUCUCCGCAACAGACUAUGGGCCAUGAAGGGGUGAAAGCAGUUGCCACUUUGUCCCCUCACACAGUCAUUCAGACCACCCACAGCGCCUCAGAGCACCUCCCUGUUGGGUUGCCUGCUGCGGCCUUCUACACUGGGACUCAGCCACCGGUAAUUGGCUACCUAAGCAGUCAACAGCAAGCCUUUGGCUAUCCUGGAAAUCUGCCACAGCACCUGGUGAUCCCAGCCACUCAGCCCCUCUUAAUACCAGUAGGCAAUGCAGAUCUCGACUCAACAGGGGUUCCGCCUGCUAUCGCCACUUCAUCUCCCCAGUUGGCAGCAGUGCCUCACACGUUUGUCACAACCGCCAUUCCAAAAAGCGAGAAUUUCAAUGCCGAGUCGCUAGCGAGUCAACCAGCUUACCAGGCAGCCGUAGUGCAGGCCCAGAUCCACCUCCCCCUGAUACAGCCUGUACCUUCUUCAGCAGCUGCUCCUCCUACACUGCCUCCUUACUUCAUGAAAGGGUCUAUCAUUCAGUUGGCCAAUGGAGAGUUGAAGAAGGUAGAAGAUUUGAAAACAGAAGACUUUAUACAGAGUGCAGAAAUUAGCAGUGACCUGAAAAUAGACUCCAGCACCGUGGAAAGGGUUGAUGACAGCCAUACUCCAGGCAUUGCCAUGAUACAGUUUGCAGUUGGAGAGCACCGAGCACAGGUCAGUGUUGAAGUCUUGGUAGAAUAUCCCUUUUUUGUAUUUGGACAAGGUUGGUCAUCCUGCUGCCCUGAGAGAACAAGCCAGCUCUUUGAUUUGCCAUGUUCCAAACUCUCUGUUGGGGACGUCUGCAUAUCACUUACACUCAAGAAUCUGAAGAACGGCUCCGUCAAAAAGGGCCAGUCCAUGGACUCAACUAGCAUCUUGCUGAAGCACUCUAAAAAUGACAGUCUAACUGGUAGUAGACAUAGGUAUGCAGAGCAGGAAAACGGGAUUGAUCAGGGAAGUGCAAAGAUGUCAUCUGAGAAUGGUGAACUGAAGUUUCCAGACAAAAUAGGAUUGCCUGCAGCAUCUUUGCUCACCAAAUCAGAACCCAGCAAGCCCACGGCAACGAGGAAGAGGAGGUGGUCUGCCCCCGAAACACGGAAAUUAGAGAAGUCAGAAGAGGAGCCACCGUUGACUCUCCCCAAACCUUCUUUUAUUCCUCAGGAGGUUAAGAUUUGCAUUGAAGGGCGAUCCAAUGUAGGCAAGUGAAGUCUGUUUAGGGAAAAGGAAAUUAGGCUACCCCUUGUCAUUUUUAUCCAGAUUACUGUACUGUAGGCUAAAAUAACCCAGUAUUUACAUGUUAUCAUCUUAUUUUAGGUUUAUGUUAUAACCUAGUUGUUAUAGUUGCAGCUGGUAUUAUGCAGGAGACUGGUGCAUACUCCCCUCACCCCUCAAGUGUUCAUUGGUGAUUAUUUUUAUCGAGAGCUACAGAAAGGGGCAGUAUCUGCUUCAUCCCCACCCUUUGUGGAAGCAAAUGUUGUUGCCAUGACUCCUGUUUUUCCAACACUUCAAGCAGAAUAAGCCUUGGCUGUCUUUGGCAAGGGGGUGGGAAGGGAGGGAACUGCACCAGAGACAAACACUAAUGUCUGAUUCAUUGGGAGGGCGGAAGUCCCAUGGCAGUGUGGCUUGGUCGUUCUCUCAGCUAGCAGCUGUUGGGAGUCCGAUCCAGAGGCAGUGCCAGAGAAACAUGCAUUCUCUUGAGGCUUGUACCGUAAAACCACUUUUUAAAUUCCUCCCCACCCCUCCGAAGUUUGCCACAUAUUUCCCAUCUCCCCAACCCCCAACUACAUCCUCUGCCCCACAAUGGGAGUUGACUGCACUAUUUUUUAUUAUCAUUCUCAGAGGCUGCCAUACAGACAUUUCAUCUCCACUUGCUAGUACAGCUGCAUUGCAAGGGCGCAGCGAACGCUCCUUGCUUUGUUAACACUGGGGAUUUCUUUAAAGUAGGACAUUGUUGCCAUAGAUAGGCCUAGCAAACGCUGCAUGGGCUCAUCAUCGUCAUUGCUUCUGCACAGGGUCAGAGAGAGAGUUUUGCCACUGGCAUUUGCUUCCACAAGGUAAAUAUGCACUGCCCCUUUGGGAGAGUGGACAUAAUAGUUGUUUGCAUUUCAGGUUGCAAAUAUUUGUCUUUUAACUUUAGUACUGUUUUUAGUUCCUGACGAUGGACAACUAGUGCCACUUUUUUUUCCAAAUUUCAGUGUGACACAAGGAAGUGGAUGUCGAAGAUGAACAUAGAAUGUCCUUAAGCACUUAAAAUGCUGUUUCACACUUUCGUUGCCGAACAUCUUGGCUUAACACUCAGCAAGUACUGUAUCUCAUUUUAAUCUCUUCAAUGAGAGAGAGAG